CGAGGCCUAUAUUAUAGUUCGUAUAUAACUCGAGAAUAAACAGGUAGUGCACAUUAAUUUGCAAUUUGAUUGAUUUACUCCCAACAAGCUCAUCGAGUGCAUUUAUCAAGAUGCUACCGAAUGCAAGCCAUCUCAACGCUUCAUCCUUCCAUUCCACCAGGAGCAUAGGACUGUCGAUAACAUCGAUCGUUUUAACAUUCACAUCUACAACUGGAAACUCUAUUGUUCUUGUUCUUAUAUAUCAGCACCGACGACUAAGAACAGUGUCAAACUUGAUUGUGAUGAAUGUGUGUAUAGCCGACACGCUUUUUGCCGUUCUAUGGUUUCCAAUGAAUGCAUAUUACUGGUCCAAAGCGACAUACCCUGGAGAUUCCUUGUGCAGUUUUAUUGGAGUCCUCGGUCUCCUGUGCUCUAUGGUAUCAAUACACACCUUGGUGUUUGUCAGCAUCGAAAGGUUUUUGGCCACGAAUUUUCCGCUGCAACACAGAGGACGCUUCACUAUGACUUGCGUUAAGUAUGGUUUAGCGUUUAUUUGGAUAUGUGACAUCUUUUUGACCACCCUUCCUUUCGUGGUUGCCAAGUAUACGUAUCUCGAAAAAUUUUAUCACUGCGUCAACGACUGGUCAGAGAAUAAAGCAUCAUCGUUUGCAUACUUCACAAUCUCAUACCUGCUUCCUUUUCUUGUGAUUCUUUUUUGCAACAUCUAUAUUUUGCGGGCCGCGCGGAGAUUAGGGGGAGGAAUUCACGCAGUUCACGUGAUUUCGGCAUCAACAAAGAACAGAGCAAAAAACGCAAGAAUUCGCCACGAGAGAUGGGCAUCUUUCGUUGUUGGUACAAUCAUCUCGGCAUUCAUCAUCUGCUGGACUCCGUACACCAUCGCGGCACUUUGCUUCCAGGUGAAAAACUGCAAACUUCCAAAAGAGUUCAUGGCAGCGGCAGUGAUGAUUGCUGGUGUAAAUGGAUCAUGCAACCCGGUUAUUUAUGGAAUCAUGAAUAAGAAUUUCCGCAUCGCAUUCAGCAGCAAUUUGGCUUGUAAACCACGAUCGGGAAUUAAUAACCAUUAAACAGCAGGACUGGUGUAUAAUUACGCAAGUGCGUUGCACAGUGCACUGCAUGCUGUGAUUCCAUUUAAGGAAUCAAUCAAUGAAUGUCCCAAUACCUAGCUAUGCAGUGAAUAUUCUUAGUGGGCAGUCCCAGUCAAUAGUCUUGUAAUGUAAAGCAAUGUGAACACAAAAAGAACAAUG